AUGCCAACUCAUGCAUCGGAUCCUCCCGCUAGCCCUCACCAAAUUGAUCUAGGUCAAACUGGUGUCGCGUGUCCUGCACCCUUGACGCCACCUCUAGAAGGCCAUGGCAACCAUCAAACAGGGCAUGGUUUCGCCCAGCAGAGAUCUAUGGGCGGCGAUGGGGUCAGUCGACAGUCUAUGAGCGACAACACCGCGACAGGCAUGUCGUUGCUUCAAGAGGAGAGCCUGUACAAUCCACCGGAGAGCUUCCAGGGAGAUCCGCCGACCGAGCCUUCAGCAGAGCUGAAAGAAGGUGACGUUUUACUUGACGAGGGUGUUGCUAAGGUAAACGGAGUAUCGCAAACGGAAACAUACGAGACCGCGUGCAUGAUUGAUCUGGCGGAGGCCAACCCGAAGGGCCCUGUGUCAAGCAAGACAUCAGCCGCCCGAGACAUGCAGACCAUAAUGAAGGACAGCGACUUGGGCACCCUAUCACCACCCUCAGAAGUCCGUACAGAGGACAGGAAAAGGGGAUUCUCGGGCACCCCAGGCCAGGCUGGGAUCCCUUCGAUUGAUCAAGAGCUGGACUGGUCCAGCGAGGAGAAGGAAUGGGACUGUUCGCGCCGGCGGCUUCGUCCACAAUAUCCAUCGGCCACGUUCCAACCAUAUGCCAAGUUCAAAGGAACACAACAAUCAGACCGCCAGGUAUACAAUGUUGAAGUCACCAUCCUGACUGUCGACAUAGAACAAGCGAGCAUGUCGGGCUACCUGCAGAUCUGCGGGCUCACUCCCGACCACCCGACCUUGACCACGUUCUUCACGGGAGAAAUCAUCGGCGGACCCAACCAGAAAUACAGCUUCAGGACGAGAGACCCGGCAUGGGGUGCCAGUGACAAGACAGACUUGAUCCACUGGGCCCGGUUCCCUGCCUGGCGGCCACUGAGCCCUCAUGCGAAACGCAACAUCAAUUUCGUGUACCCGCUCAACCACGAGGAUUGGUGGCAGCAGGAGCACAUCUUCAUGAGAUGGAAGGAACAUUUUCUGGUCCCGGACUACAAGCUGAAGAGCAUCCAAGGGGCCAGCUUCGAGGGGUUUUACUAUAUAUGUUUUAAUCAAGUGGAGGGACGAGUGAGUGGGAUCUAUUUCCACUCCAAAAGCGAGAAGUGA